AUGGCUUGUGACAAGGGAUUUUCUUGCAGCUACAUGCUCUUGGAACCCAAAGAUGUGGGUUUCUUUGAUCUGAUUCACAUCUUGUUUUCCAACAACUUAGAGAGGAGGAGGUUUGUUGACUCUUCUGAGGAGACUGAGGAUGACUUUGAGCGCAGAUGGCUAAUAUUUCUCUCUAUUGUAGUGCAAAAGGUGCUUCAAUUUGUGGCAAAGCCAAUGGCAACUAUCGGGUGGGGGAUCGAGAUGUGCUUGAACCUUAUCUCAAGUAAUCAAAGCUUGGUCGGGCUGAUCCUAGAUUUUCUGCGAGGUGAGGUUAUAAUACCAGAAAAAGACUCGAGAAUGUUCUUGUCGUUUAUUGGACAUUUGGACAAGCGAGUAGAGCUGGACAAAAGCAUCAAACAUGGAGAUGGCAGGUACAAUGCAGCACUUAGUAUGAUGGCGUCUAAAAUAUCAUACGAGAACAGAUUCUACAUCCGAACUACGGUCCAGGAAAACUGGAAGAUGGAGUUCUUGGGUUCUUAUGACUUCUGGAAUGAUUAUCAAGAAAAAGAUACAACACAAGCCUUUAUGCUUCGUGACAGAAGUGAUGACCAUGACACUAUUGUUGUGGCCUUUAGAGGCACCGAACCCUUUGAUGCGGAUGCAUGGUGCUCUGACUUUGACAUCUCUUGGUAUCAGCUCGAAGGGGUUGGAAGGGUACAUGGUGGAUUCAUGAAAGCUCUAGGUUUACAAAAGAAUGUUGGUUGGCCCAAGCCGGAGGGAGUCAAACAAGAUGAUAGCCGCCCAGCCUUAGCUUACUAUGCCAUUAGGGAUAUGCUAAAGAAACUUCUGCUUGAAAAUGCCAAAGCAAAAUUUAUAUUAACCGGGCACAGUUUAGGUGGGGCUUUAGCAAUUCUCUUUCCGGCAGUCUUAACCUUCCACAAGGGAAAGGAUUCAGAUUUGCUGCUGGAGAGAUUGGAGGGAGUUUAUACAUUUGGGCAACCUAGGGUUGGAGAUAAGGAUUUUGGGCAGUACAUGGAAAAGAAAAUGAUAGAGCAUAUGAUUAAGUAUUUCAGGUUUGUUUAUGGUAAUGACAUGGUGCCGAGGCUGCCUUAUGAUGACAAGGCCCUAAUGUUCAAGCACUUUGGGACUUGCCUCUACUAUAAUAGGCAAUAUGAAGUUCAGGUUGUUCUAGAGGAGCCAAACAAGAACUACUUCUCGCCAAAAAGUGCAAUUCCCAUGAUGAUAAAUGCUUUUGGAGAGUUGAUAAGAAGUUUCACCAUUCCAGAUAGGUUGGGACCAAACUACAAAGAAGGGCUCUUAUUCAAAAUAUUUAGGCUAAUGGGUUUGGUCAUGCCAGGCGCAUCAGCACAUUGUCCCCAAGAUUAUGUAAAUUCCACCAGAUUGGGAUCCUCUCAUGUGUUCCUCCCACCCAAGCAUUAUCUAUGA